UCUAUAUCUCAAUACCACUUGAGUUUUACCACCCCUCUUUCAAAUCUACCUUUUUCCCGAUAAACUUUCAAACCCGCCAAUAUGCUCACUUUCCAACACCUUCAGCUCGGCACCCUUCUCCAAGCCACUUUCCUCCUGGGAAUGAACACGGCUCUCUCCACCAUCUCAAUUCCCUCCAUUCUUGAGUCGCCCUCCCCCAUUCUUGCCAUUCGCCAAUGGCACACGCAGUUCCGCUCUGCGCAGAUCCCUGCGACCUCUCUAUCGGGAUCCAACUUGAUCCUCUCCGCCAUCAUGACAUAUGGUUCUUCCCAACGCUCAGGGUUGUUGGCAACGCCUACAAUCUUGUACGGCGUUGGUAGUGUGCUUGCUUUCCUGAUCUUUCCGUUCACGCUGCACUACAUGAACCCGCUCAAUGAUGUUCUUAUCGAGAAGUUCAAGAACCAGCAGGAUUUGCAUUACGCAGAUCUUCCGGAGAAGGGCAAGGGUAUGCAGACUGCGAGAGAUCACGACAAGAUCGCUUACUGGGGAUACUUGAACCCUGUAAAUCGAGAUGGCGAUCUUAGUCCGGGGGGUAGGGGGAGAGAGCGCUUGGAGAAGACGAACCCUGUUGGGAGUGCGUAAAGUUGACGUUGUAGUGGUCGAAAAGCGGUGUUUCCAUUUGUUAGAAUAGUGCUAUGGCUUUCUUCACUUCUAUACUACAUGUCUAGAAUGUUGUUUCCUUAUCGAGAUGAGAUUUGAGCUUUAUAGCAGUCAGUCCUUGGCUUUUUUCGAUCAAGACUCAAAUAGUCACGGUUGGGUUAUGUAUCUUGCGUCCUGCUUCUGCUUCUGCUUCGCUUGACUUGCGGAAGUUCAAGAACGCUGAUAAGCUAAUAUUUGAUCACGAUAUGUGCUAUUAUGGGAGAUUCUACGUCAGUGAGC